ACUACAUUUGCAUCAUCAUUCAUCUUCAAAAUAAAUACUUCCAUCGUUGCGCACUAAGUGUCAACUGGUGUGCUCGAAUGUGUGGCCAUUCACCCCACUAUGCACGGACCCGCAAAACGCGUCGCGUCUGCCCCGCCAACUCCAUCACACUUUCAAGCUUCAAAUGCGCCAACACCUACAAUCCUCCCAGAACUCUCAAUUGUCACCGGAUUGUCGCUCGAUUCCAUCAGGCACCAGAACUGUUUCGCUAUGCCAACAAUCCCUCUUCACCCCCGUCCCCUCAACGCAUCAUCACCGACCGAAAACCCCCUCCCUCCACUCCUCCACACGCCCACCGGCCUCGCCCUCCUCGAGCUCCAAGGCACAAUCCACUUCCCGCCACCAACCGCUUCCCCCUUACCUUCGACGCAAGUCGGCAAGCUCGUCUUCCCCUUGUAUAACCCCGCGCUCAAUGGGCCAGAUGACACCAAGUGGAUGAAGAGGGUGUACUUUUAUGUGGGACAAAAUCAGAGGAUGACCGGGGAGGUGAAGAAGUUGGGAAAACCCUUUGCUGUUAUUAGGAAGAGGGAGACCUAUGGGGAAGACGUGGAUGUGGGUGGUGUGGAAGGUGGGCGGGAAGGGAAGAGGGCGAAGGAAGAGGUGGAGGUUGUGGAGAUUGUGAGGUGGAAGAUUGUGUUUUCGAGUCGGCCGGAGCCAGUUGGUGGGUCAGAGGAGGGUGGAUGAAUAGAGGUUCAAGAGGAAGUUUUCCCGGGUCUCGAAUGCUACAUCGGUCAAUCCGCGCAAAGCUAUGCGUGUAAGAGUAGAACACGGGUGGACACAGACUCCUUUGGCUGUCGGAUGGCUCUCAACAUGCGGAAUACCGC